AAAAAAACUCUUUUCUCUUUUCUUGGGACACUCUUUGGGACAUAUUUUUUUUGUUCAAUUUGACAGAAAUUCAUGGUGUAGUUUCUCUGAAUUUUCUCAAUUUAAAUCAAAUCAUUUGUGACUUCAACAUUCUUCGUCGGCAGCAAAACAAACUAGAAAUAUCAGUGAAAAUGUUUCGAUUAUCCGAUAUUUUGCUCGGGCUGUAAAUAAUUGUGUAAGACGUAAGCAUAAAAAUCGAAAAGAGUGGAACGCGGAGUUGACUGCAGUCAUCAUCGAAUGUUUGUUGUAAAUGUUUUUUGUCACACGGUUUAAAACAAAAACGCAUAGUUUAUCGAAACAAUAAAGAUAUUUGAAAUAUGUCGCUGCCUAUAAACUCAUUAUAUAGUUUGACGUGGGGUGAUUACGGGACCUCGUUGGUCUCUGCCGUGCAAUUAUUACGAUGUCACGGGGACUUAGUUGAUUGCACCUUAGCUGCAGGUGGACGCAGUUUUCCAGCUCAUAAAAUUGUUUUGUGUGCAGCUAGUCCAUUUUUAUUGGAGUUAUUGAAGAACACUCCAUGCAAACAUCCGGUCGUUAUGUUGGCCGGUGUAAACGCAAGCGACCUGGAAGCGUUACUCGAAUUUGUGUAUCGUGGAGAAGUAAGCGUUGACCACUCUCAACUGCCGUCACUACUCCAAGCCGCACAUUGUCUAAACAUACAAGGUCUGGCACCGCAAACGAUAUCCAAAGACGAUUACACAACGCAAAUUCAAAUUCAUCCGGGACUGAUACCGCAACACCACCUGAAGGCUGUUAUCGAUGUUGGUAACGGCACAAUGGUCAGCAACGAAGAAUUGAUGACGAUUCAUGAGGCCGAUCAACAUCAAACCGUACAAGCUCACGUUGUCGAAGAAAUAUUGCCGCAUGACAUUACCGAAGUUGUAGGCGAUGUUAAGGAUGUAAUAAAUCAAUUCUUGCCAAACAGAAAACGAAAACCACGCGCCAAAAAACCGACCAAUGCUAAAGUACUACGUAUCGACGAGAACAUUCAAAUCCAGCCACCGACACAGCAGCAACAACAGCAACAACAACCCCAGCAACAACAAAUGCAAGUCCAAAAUGAAUCCAAGUCCAAUGCCAAUGCACAAAACGGAGAAGAUAAUAAAUCGAAUAUCGUUGUCGUCAAAACUGAGAAACCCCUGUCAUCAAAGCCGAAAUCACGAUCUCAAUCCGAACAGCCGGCAUCUUGUCCCAUCUGCGGAGCGGUUAUCAGACAGUCCAGAAACUUACGGCGUCAUCUUGAACUUCGUCAUUUCUCUAAGCCAGGCGUGAAAAGUAACCGAAAAAGUUCAACCAACUCGGCGAAUACAUCAUCCUCAUCGGCAACGACAACGCAAAACACUACCGGACAGGGCAACGUUCAAACCAUCCGAACUCUUACCGUGAAAAAGGAACCUGAAGAUUCUCCGUCAACGUCAACGCAACAAACAAUAGCACUGACGGUGACGCCGACCAGCACGAUGGAUUCGAACAAUGGCAACGCUCAGCAUCACAUAGUGACCCAGCACGAAAACACCGACGGUACAACUUCGCUCUCUAUAGCUCAGGUGCAAGGCCAUCAGCUCAUCGGCAAUUUGAAUCAGGCUACCAUACAAAUUCGAAACGAUGAUCCAUUGGAAUCGAAUUUGAUUACCACGCACGAGCCAACACUACGACCGCAUACGGAACUAUUUCGAGUCGGUGCCGUUUACACUCUGGAGGAACGUCGCAUCGACAAUAGUAAAUUAACUUAGAGUCGUCAAGUAAGACAUCCGUCUUCAAUUGUAGCAUUGAAAUGUUGCGACAUUUAAAAUUGAACGUGAGGAGAAAUGCUACGAUGGCGGAUGGUUUGACCAGCAAACAGAAAAGAA